AGACUGUAGAGGUGUAAGGGAUUACACGUGCUCUGUAUACUAAUAAGUGCUCUAUUUUAAAAUUCAUAAUGACAUCUGUAACUCUCUAUAAUGGUGCUAAAAUGCCCAUUGUUGGACUGGGUACAUGGAGGUCUGAACCAGGCCAGGUAAAAGAAGCUGUAAAGGCAGCCAUCCUGGCCGGCUACCGCCACAUUGAUGGGGCUCUUGUCUAUGAAAAUGAGAAAGAAGUUGGUGCCGGUAUAAAUGCUAUGAUCAACCAAGGGGUGGUGAAGAGAGAAGACCUUUUCAUAGUCAGCAAGCUGUGGUGCACUUACCAUGAAAAACACUUGGUAAGAGUGGCAUGUGAAAAGACCCUAAGAGACCUUAAAGUGGACUAUGUGGAUCUCUACCUUAUGCACUUUCCUAUGGGUGUUAAGCCUGGAAAAGAGUUAUUCCCAGUUGAUGAGGAUGGCCAUGUUUUUCCAGACAACAGCAACUUUCUAGAAACAUGGGAGGCAAUGGAGGAAUUAGUGGAUGCUGGGCUGGUCAAGGCCAUUGGUAUCUCCAACUUCAACCGAGAUCAGAUUGAAGCAAUCCUGAAUAAACCAGGACUCAAGUACAAACCAGCCAACAAUCAGAUUGAGUGCCACCCCUACCUGACUCAGGAGAAGUUGAUUAACUACUGUCAGUCCAAAGGCAUUACAGUUACUGCAUACAGUCCUCUGGGUUCCCCAACCAGACCAUGGGCAACGCCAGAUGAGCCAUCUCUGCUGGAAGAACCAAAGAUCAAGGCCAUUGCAGAUAAGCAUGGUAAAACCACAGCACAGGUCCUAAUCCGCUUCCACAUGCAGAGAAAUGUUGUGGUCAUUCCUAAAUCCGUCAACCCUGCCAGAAUCAAAGAGAAUUUCCAGGUCUUUGAUUUUGAGAUGAGUAAAGAGGAGAUCAACACUAUAAUGAGUUUUAACAGAAACUGGAGAGCUUUUAUGUUGGAAUGGGCUUCCAAUCAUAAGGAUUAUCCAUUGCAUGCAGAAUAUUAAAGCCUUUGUGAACGGUGUUAUCCAACAUCCCAACUGCAGUGUGAUUACAACCACUACUCCUGAAUUUUUCCUUGAGGGUCUAUCUAUCAGUCUAUAAUAUAGUAUGAUAACAUAUGGCCAGAAAGUGAUAACUGAUAAACAUGGUUAUGUAUAAAAAAACAACACAUUAUCAGCAUUUAUUUAACUGUGAUUAAGCCACUGCAGGGUAAAAAAAAAAAAAAAAAAAAAUUCAAUAAA